UGGUAUGUUCCGUGUUGACGCGGGAUUUAGUUGAAUCAGUCAGAAUCGUGAAGUCGCAGUUUUCAUUUUCAGGAGUAGAUUAAAUAGAUUGAGGAAGAUAAUGGAGCAGAAAUAUGAAGAAGAGAUCCAGAUGCUCCAGCAGGAAAUUGAAAUGCUGGAGGCUGAACAGGAGGAGACUUUACGGUCCAUUUUCAUAGAGCAUGGAGAUCGACUACAGCAUGAACUAAAGUCAGUGUUUGAGGGAAGAGGAGGAGCACAGAAACCCACUCUUUCAAAGCUGAUCACAGAAGUCAGAGAGCUGGAAAAAGACCUCAGACGACAGACGGAAAUCAAUGGGAUUGCUCUAAAUGAGUGUUUUGUAAAGACAUUGCACAAAAGUGAAAGAAAACUUGUACAGCAGCUCAGACUUGCAGGUCACUGCAGUGUACUUUUGUUCCAGGUUGAAUUUGCAGUGACUGAGAUUCAGGAGGGUGAUGCUCUGCUCAGGAGAGUUACAGAGCUCAAUAUCGUUGUGGAUGGUGUUGAAUUCAAAGAUUUCUCUGCAUUUGUGUCCAGAGUGGAGGACACAAAAGAUCUUCUUUUGUUCUUCAGGACCUUGAGGACGUUCUCUGAGAGAUGUGAGGAGAGGCGUCAAACGUUUCAGCACUUUCAGGAGAAGUACCCAGACGUGGUCAGCCUUCCAGAGGGAUGCAGAUCGGAGCUCAUGAUUAUAAGAAGUCCUCAACUUCCCGGGAUCUCCAUGACCAUAUUCUGGAAGAUCGAUGUGUCCAUGGAAGGAGUGGUAAAGCCAUCGCUUGAGCUCCUGCUGAAAAUGCCAGACCAGGCUCGGGAGUUUGACACCAAAAAAGUGAUGGAAAAUGGCUCGAAUUACUUUCAGAGCCUCCUGCAGAUUCUCGGGGUGGAAGCGUCAAUCGAGGGCUUGAUAAGAACCGUAUGUUUGUGAGAAGUCAUAAAACAAGCCAACGUUCACGCCGUGGGAAAUUCAUAUCUAAUCUUUUUAUUCGAUAUAAACACCUGUACAAUCACCCGUUAGGAACUACAUAGUGAUUCCACCUGUACAUGUCAAUCAUUUUUACGCAUGAUAUGCCCACACUGUAUGGAAAUAUACAUUAUUAGACAAGAGCUAGAAAAAUAAAUAAUUUUAAAUACAAAAUGUUUGACAGCAAAAUCCACUUUGUAUUUUCAAAUAGUUACAUUUUAACAUUAGAUUCCAUCAGUAACUGUGAUCUUCCUUUCUUUUCUUGCUUAAUAACAGAAUUAAUGUCCAUUCCUACCUACAUAGUGAUUAUAAAUCUUUAUUUCAUUAGAAUAACACAGUGUCACCACCUAAGACUCAUAAUAUCUCUGGCUCGUCUGGUUCAACAGGGGAAAGAUGUUGUUAAAACAAAGGCAAAUACAGUAAUGAAACUGCACUUUUCAAUCAGUUACAUCAUAACACAUUAAAACAUGACCGUCCAACAAACGCCAUCGGUUGGACAACGAAGGCGUUUUCACUCACAGGUAAGGCGUAUUAAUACUUCUCUUGACACCAGUUCACAUUAAGACAAAGGGGAGUGUGAACAGUUUGGCAAUGUUGAAUGUUCAUCCAUGUAAAACUCAAAACACUAUUCGCCUGAUGAGAACUGCAUAAACGACUAUGAGAAAGGCAAGCCGAUGCAGUUUGCAUCACGCUAAAGGAGGUAAACAGGAGCAUGAGCAUCUCUCAUGCCACAGUAUAUUGUAACAGUAAUAUUCCCCAUGACAGAGAAAGGCGACCGUGAGGUGCCAUCUUUAGUGUUAAAGUUGCACCAUAAUAUCUGUGCGAACCGUCUCACUGUGGUUGUUUUUUGGGUCAAAGGCGCCAAACUUGCAACUCGUGUUAAAUCAACACUACCAUUUCUGUGGCCUAUACUGCUUCUCUG